AUGGCAGAAGGAAACAUGAAGUUGUUUUCCGGCAGAGCAGUACCAGCCCAAGGGGAAGAAACCUUUGAAAACUGGCUAAUCCAAGUCAAUGGGGUCCUGCCAGAUUGGAAUAUGUGUGAGGAAGAGAAGUUCAAGUGCCUAAUGAAAACCCUUAGGGGCCCUGCUAGGGAGGUCAUGCGUUUGCUCCAAGCAGCCAACCCCAGCCUAAGUGUGGCAGAUUUCUUGCGGGCAAUGAAAUUGGUGUUUGGGGAGUCUGAAAGCAGUGUCACUGCCCAUGGUAAAUUUUUCAGCACUUUGCAGGCACAGGGGAAGAAAGCCUCCUUUUAUGUGAUCCGUUUAGAGGUACAGCUCCAGAAUGCUAUUCAGGCAGGGAUCAUACCUGAGAAAGAUACAAACCAGACUCGUCUGCACCACUUCCUUUUAGGGGCUGAGCUGAACGGGGACCUGCGCUACAGGCUGAAGCAUCUUCUCAGGAUAUAUGCAAAUGAUCAGGAGCAUCUUCCCAAUUUCCUGGAGUUAAUCAAGAUGAUAAGGGAGGAGGAGGAUUGGGAUGACAACUUUAUGAAACGGAAGUGGGCCAAGAGAUCUGAGCUAAUCAUGGAGAGGGCAGCAAGCCCUGUGGCGUUUCAGGGCCCCCAGCCAAUUGUGAUCAGCAGUGCUGACUGCAGUGUGAUAGAGCUAGAUGAUAUUCUCAGUGACUCAGAUGAGGAUGUGAUCCUGGUGGACCCUCCACUUCCAUCCAUGGGUGCCCCUCCCCUCAGAGACAGAGUCAGACCUCAGGAUCAAACACCAGUCAUUUAUUCCCCCAACAGUUCCCAGGUCCUGUCUCCUUCCACCAGUGGUGGUUCUGGGUAUAAGGAUGAUGGUCCUGGGAAUAGGCGUAGAGCCAGGAAGGGAAAAUACACAAUCCACUGUUCAUAUUGUGGCAAUGAGCGCCACUCCAAGGAAACCUGUGACAAUGAGAGCAACAAGGCCCAGGUAUUUGAGAACCUGAUCAUCAAACUGCAUGAGCUGACACCUACAGAGGAGGAGGGGUCAAAAGAGGUACCUAGUGAACAUAAUGACCUCUCUGAACCACAGUAAGGUGCUAGACCCAGCCCUAAGUGAAACCUAAGCGAUGUUCAAAAACUGGUGAUGAGAAAAGUGGGGGUAGGUUUCUAUCUGUAUGAAUUAAUCCACAAAGUGGUUUUCUUUUGGGGAAGAAGAGGUCUUGGGUACCAGCAAAGUGGAGGGGAUGGCCUGACCUCUCCCUAUUCCCUCCUCUGUGUCCCUAAGGGUCUAUACUCUGUGUACCUAUUUCCUUGCUGACUUUGUUUUAUGAAAGGAGUGUAACUCUUUGUUAAACCUUCAAAAAUGCAGGAAAAUAGAAAAACUAAAGUACAAAUUACCUGAAACUCUCCACACAUAUAACCAUUGUCAGCCCUUUGAUGAAUGUCUCUUUAGAUAUUUCUUUAUACCUGUAUACCCAGAUAGAUAUAUGUAUAGGUAAAAGUGAUAAAAUAAGUGCUGUUCUAUACUGUGUAUUUUUUCACCAAGCAAUAUAUGCAGUGGCCUUCUAUGUCAAUAAAUACAUAUAAGCAUAAAGUUUAAUGUCUCUGUGUAUGAUAUGACUUUUAGGAAUAUAGAGAAAAACUAAGA